CAGUUAGGCAGUCGCCUCUGUCCCCAAAAUCUCACAUAAACCCUACACUCUCUUUCUCCCCAUUACUCUCCACACUCCGAAUUCCAAUAACAGGGGAAUUUUUUUUAAAAUGAUAAAGAGAAGAUUUUAUAGAGCAGAGCGCGGCGACAAAGACGACCCAUCGUCGGGUUCUUCGUCGGAUUCCUCAUCGGAUUCUGAUGUCGAAGUUCGGAGCUCCGAUGAUUCUGAACAAGAUGAACCAACUCACACUGAACCCGAACCUGAUUCCAACGUGGAAGCUGAUAAUGACGACAGCGAUGAAGAUGAUGACGAUGUUCGGCCUCCUUCGAAACCCCAACACCCUUCUUCCUCUUCUGCUGGGUAUGAGAGUGAAGAUAGCUCUGGCAAUGAAAUUGAUGCUGAUUCAGGAGGUUUACUUGCAAAUGAUGAUGACAGUGAGUCUGAGAAAGAUGGAAACGAACUUAAUGAGAAACUCCCUUUAAGGAAAGAGAGCGGUGAAACAAUAGAGACACAGACUGAAGAUCAUUCAGCCGUGGAUGAUCUUCCAAAGUGUGUUUUGAAAAGCAAAUCAGUUUAUAAGUGCAGGCUUUGUCCAAAAAUUGUCUGUCUGAAUGAAGAGAGUUUGAAAACUCACCUCAAAUCCAAGAGACAUUCAAGAUCAGAGAAAUUACUGAAUGGGGGAAGAUUAAAGCGUUAUCUCAAUAGUGAUGGGGAGGAAGAAGUGAUAUCUGACGAUGACUAUGAGACUCAUGCUGAAAGACAUGCAAGAAUUAUUGCUCUUGCACAGGACACAUCUAUGAAGAAAAGCAAAGGGAGGCAACGACAAAGGCACCGGUUAAAAAGAAAGAAGGACUCUUCGAUUGUACCAAACUCUGGACAGCAGAAGGAGAACCGUGCUAAGAGAAGGAAAAAAGCAGAUUGAUUGAUAUGAGCUUGUGUUUUGUACUCUAUCGUGGAAACGGCGCUGUUACAUAUUGCAGUGUGUAAACUGUUGUGAUAUCGGACACUGUUUUUUGUCAUCCAAACCUAACAUCCCAACGUCUAUAAUCUUAUCAUGAUCUUUGUUAUUCAUGCUCAA